AUGACUGGUGAUCAGGGCCAACCGAGUCACUAUGGAGAAAAGACGAGUACUGACUCUUCUCAGGCUCCAAGAGCACGGGGAUUAGGCAGGUCGGGUCCACGACGACGAUCCGGAUGUCUCACAUGUCGUGCACGCAAAGUCCGAUGCGAUGAGGCGAAACCCAUCUGCGCGAACUGCACGCGACUCCGGCUACAAUGCGAAUACAAAACACCUGUCUCGCGACGGGCAGAUGCGCGAACGUCCGCCGUGUCUGGGGACCCGGCCGCGAACAGCCCCCCACGACCGGACGUGAAUUUCUUCAACACUGUGCUUCAAUCUGAUGGACGGCAGAACGGGCUGAUGCGGCAUAUGGCCGACGCCUCGCAGUUUAGCCCCACGGACAACGUGACAGAUUUCUCCGGACCAUUCGACAUGCUGGGCUUCAUGAGCGAGAUCACGUCCGAGCUGGAGCGGAAACAUUCUGAUCUGACCAAUGGCUUGUCGGAAUUGACCACUGGGAUGUCUUUGAAGGUCUCGGAUGCCGCGCAUGUGUCGCACAAUGGUCGGUCGAGAGCACUACCCUCCGGGGACGCGACACAGCUGCAGUCUCCAGUCAGUGAUGGCAUAUGGCCGGAACCUAGAGCGACGUAUGAGGAGCAUUUACUGGCGUAUUUUCUGACUAUCGAGCCGCCUCCCACGAUCUUUGGACCCGUGAAUCUCGAAUGGAAAUAUGUGCGCGAGGUGAUUGUAGCGCAAUCGCGCGACUUUCGUCCGCUGCGGAGUAGUAUCUACUGCUUUGCAGAUCUGCACUUGGCUCUCAAGGAGGGGAAAGAGUACAACCUGGCCCCGACGUACCACCAACAGGCAAGCUUUGAGGGGCAGCCAUACAUGCUUGGGGAUGUCGAUGAGACUACGCUGAGGAAGGUCUUUACAAUGGUCUUUCUGCUCAUGCUGUCCGAGUCAUUAUCGUCGCCUGACUUGGGCUGCCACGGUACCUCUUUUCUACACUCUGCAUAUUUAUUGCUGCAGCGAUUCCAUAGCCAGACUAGAGCAUGGAUUGGCUUCGACCAUCUGGUGAUCUCGUGGGUUUCACUUCUUGAUGUGAAAUCGUUGGUUGCCGGCCGAGAGGGCGAUCCUCUCAUCGACUCAGACAGCCUAGAGGAACCUACCGCGCGGCACGAGAUCAACGGCCCUGAUGCUGGUCCCUCACCGGCUAAUGGCACUCUGACAAUCAUAUCAGCCGAGACGAAGGACGCAGGGGAGUAUCUUCGAUCCAAGCCUGGUUAUCUUGUCUACGAUGCGAUUGUGGGGCCAGCUUUCCGGUUCUUCGUCCAAGCCCAGCAGAUCAUCCGACGGAUUGUCAGCAUUGACCUUCAUCACCGCAGCCGCGGGACGCUGGGCGACGAAUUCGAGGUCUUGCAGAUUGCGCACGGCGUGGGUGCCGACCUGGAGGCACUAUGGAAUUGCCGGCCGCCGGUGUUGGACGUUCAUGACCGACCGGAGGAGUUGCUCGACACAUUGAGUGAGCCAGUUGCGGUCGAGAUAUGCCACACCUUUCGGCAGUAUGUGGCCAACUUCCUGGCAAUCUUUAUUUAUCUACAUCGUGUAGCCUUCGCCAUCUAUCCUCGCACCGACCGAGUCAACCGGGCGGUGGAUCAGAUUAUCCAGCUAGCGACGGCGGAGACGGCGAGUUCGCAGCGACACUUGCCCGUCAGCUUCUUCUGGCCGCUCUUCAUAGCCGGACUGGAGGGGACAUUAUCGCAGCGCCAGUGGAUCGUGCAGGAGAUGCAGCGCAUGGCGGCUUGUAGCAGCGAUGCGACGCAACGGCACCCCAACGCGAGCAAGGUGCUGUUUCUUCUCGAGGAGAUGACACGGCGGCAGGAUGCGUCUCGGACAUGGGCCGACUCGAAAAGCGUCAGGCGUGAGCUCUUUACUGAUUUCUUUGUCAUGAUAUAG